AUGGCCUCCGAGGGCAUCAUCAAUGUCUUGAGCGAGUUUGUCAAGAGGCAGGUGAGCGUUAGUGAGGACCCACGAAUCGGAUCGGGUCGAAAUGGAGCCAAUUCUACUUCAGCCCUAAAGGUUGGAGUUAGUCCGACGAAUUCGGCUUCUUUUUCGACGUUGUUCAUGACCUUUUUGCCUGUCUCGAUUUAUGCGCUUAUUUGUAUUAUCAUUUUUGUUGUAUUACGUCGCAAGUAUCCUCGAGUGUAUUCUCCACGGACCUUCUUAGGCAGUUUAGAUAUCCAUGACCGCUCCCCAGAAAUACCAAAUGGAUGGUUCAAUUGGAUCAAGCCAUUUUAUCAAACACCUGAUACAGUAGUCCUAAAUCACUCCUCCCUCGAUGGAUUCCUCUUUCUUCGCUAUCUCAAGGUCUUAUGUGUGAUAUGUACGGUUGGUGUAGUCAUCACAUGGCCGAUCUUACUGCCAUAUCAUGCUUAUGGAGGUGGAUCCAAUAAAGAACUGGACAAGCUCACAUUUGGAAACAUCACCACCCCAAGUAAACUCUACAUGCAUGCAAUUUUGGCAUGGAUAUAUUUUGGAUUCAUUCUCUACAUGAUAUCUCGAGAAAGUGUCUACUUUAUCAGCCUUCGCCAAGCUUAUAUCGUGUCUCCCCUCUACGCAGAACGGUUAUCUUCAAGGACAGUUCUGUUCACAUGCGUGCCUCAGAAUAUUCUAGAUACUAGGAAACUACGGAGAGUGUUCGGAGAUAGCGUAAAAAACAUUUGGAUACCUCAGGAUACUGAAGAUCUCGAUCAACUUGUAAGAGAACGAGAGCAAACCGCAGCACGCUUAGAGAAAGCGGAAAUCGUGUUAAUCAGAAAAGCAAAUGAAGUGUACAGGAAAGCAAUUGCAAAUGGCUACCGGCCUAGUGGAAUCCAGCAGGGAGUGCAAUCUCCAACAACUGAGGACUUCAAGAAGCUGGAGAUUAACGUCACAGAAAAUGAGAACGAUUUUCAAGGGAAAGACUCUUUCUCGUCUCCACCACUGUCUCCGUUGAAUUCAGACUCACCUGGGGUACCAGGCUCGAUUCAGGAUUCCAUCAAGACAGAUGGAGCUCCGAUUCUUCCGUCUGUAACUGGCGGUAACAAUCCAUCUUUCGAUCUUAAUGGUUCCAUCGCUGCGCAAUGGAUACCUUACAGUGAGCGACCCGUUCACCGACCGAUCGCAAAUUACGGACGAAGAGUCGACACAAUUAAAUGGACCCGCAAUCGCCUGAAGAAGUUGGCUCCAGAGAUUGCAAAGCUAAGAAGUCGAUAUCGCAAGGGGAAAGGGCCGCUGAUACCAGCGGUUUUCAUCGAAUUCCACACCCAAGUCGAUGCGCAAAGUGCAUACCAGACCCUUGCUCAUCAUCGAGCAAACCAUAUGAGACCUGAGAUUACGGGAAUUCGACCCGAAGAAAUCAAUUGGGAUGCGCUUAGCAUGCCAUGGUGGGAGAGGAUUGUACGAAGAUUUUUGAUCCAAGCUUUCGUCGCUGUUAUGGUCGUGUUCUUCUCACUCCCCGCUGCAGUUGUGGGGAUGAUUUCAAACGUCAAAUCACUGACUGAAUUGCUGAAAUUUCUGGCGUGGAUCAAUAAACUCCCAAGUGUGCUUUUGGGAUUAAUAUCUGGUCUUCUCCCUGCUGUUGCGCUUGCGAUGUUGAUGGCGGUUGUGCCAAUGAUUCUUCGAGCAUGUGCACGUCAAGCAGGGAUUGCUACUGAAUCCAAGGUUGAGCUAUUCGUUCAGAACGCGUACUUCAUUUUUCAGAUUGUGCAAGUAUUCCUCAUCACUACACUCACGUCUGCAGCAUCAGCUGCAAUCAAGGAUAUCAUCAAAGAUCCUCUUUCGUCUCGAGAAUUGCUAUCUAGGAGUCUACCAAAGGCUUCAAACUUUUACAUCUCAUAUUUCAUCCUCCAGGGCUUGGCGAUGAGUGCGAACAGACUUGUUCACCUGGGCAGCUUGUGGAGGUUGGUUCUGAUGCGCGAUGUUGGGAUCAUCCCAAGGCUGAGAUCUGCUCGGUAUCAUCGUCUGCGGAAGAUCCAUUGGGGAAGCGUGUACCCUGUGUUUACCAAUAUGGGUGUCAUAGCUAUCUCUUACUCUCUCAUCGCUCCAAUCGUGCUUGGAGUCGCUGCUAUCGGGCUCUUCCUCGUUUACCUGAGCUACCGGUGGAAUCUGUUCUACGUCUAUUCAUCAGAACGAGAUACUCGUGGCCUGCAUUAUCCUCGAGCUCUCACUCAGACUUUGACCGGGGUUUAUCUUGCUGAAAUAUGCCUGGUCGGACUUUUUGGUGUUCAAGGUGGUUACGGCCCAAUGGUCAUCACGUUUGGGUUGCUACUGAUGACCACUUUAAUUAACAUGUCGCUCAACGACGCUCUUGGUCCGCUCAUCUUCAAUCUUCCUCGAACCGUAGCAGCAGAGGAGGCGUUGAGGUUAGCUGGCAACCACCCAGUCGAUGCCUCAAACCUCGCAGACAAAAGCGACGCAUUCGAGGACAAUGACGCCGAGAACCAACAAGACAUUGGCUACGAUUCCGACUUCGACCCAGCCGACCCAGCAAACCAAGUAAGCCACGGCACACAACAAACACGAGGCGUCAAAGACGUCGAAGGCGUUGAAGGAGUCAUCCAACUAUCAACCACCACCGCCUCCGGCUUCCUCCGCAAAAGAUACAACGCCUCACCACUCCCCGCCUUCAUCGAUUCCAUCGACUUCUGGACCCACUGGAUCUCGCCCGACCCAACCAUAAAGCCCAACUUCGUCCUUAAGUUCCUGCACCCAGAGAUCUUCUCCGACUACCACAUCCUGCGCCAGCAAAUCCCGGCUGAUAUCCCGGAAUUCCACUACGAGGAAUCGGUACUGAAAGACGCGUUUUGUCCGCCGAGUAUGCGGAAGAGGUCGCCGCGGUUGUGGAUCCCGAGGGAUGAGGCGGGGAUUAGUAGACAGGAGGUUGCGCAUUGUGGGAAGGUGAUUGAGAUUACGGAUUGUGAUGCUAGACUUGAUGAGAAGGGGAUGGUGGAGGUUGAUGUUGAGGGAGAGGUUUCGGGGUGGGUUAGGAGGGAUUGGGAGGGGAUUAAGUUUUAG